UCGGGUUCAAUGCAUUUUCAAUAUGGCGACGUGCAUGUUGGUAACAUAACAGUGAGGGUGGAAGAAUUCGUCCUUUUUUCCUUGGACUGAAAACUAAAGGCAGCACUUAAGAAACGUCUUAAGAAUCGUUUGUUUUAACAUAACGUACAUACAGUUGUUCGUACAGAUGAAUUAAAAUGGCUUUUCUUGGAAGUCUUAAACCAAUGCUGUCGUCUGUUUUGCAGGCGUCGCACUCUGUACCUUUCUGGUCUGGACCUGUGUUCUCCAGGACCAUGGCCACUCUCAAUCAAAUGCACCGUAAGGGCAGACCUCCCCCACCUCGUCCAAAAAUCAGUGCCACUUAUGGGCAUCCACAGCUCAAAGCAGUAGUUCUGAAGACCAUGAUCAGGAAACCCAAGAAACCCAACUCAGCCAACCGCAAGUGUGCACAAGUACGUCUGUCCAAUGGUCAAGAAGCUGUCGCGUACAUCCCUGGGGAAGGACACAACCUCCAGGAGCACAAUGUGGUGCUGAUACAAGGAGGGAGAACACAGGACUUACCAGGGGUCAAAAUCACUGUGGUCAGGGGCAAAUAUGACUGUGCACAUGUCGUGAAGAAGAAACAGUAAUUACUAGAACUGCGUAUAACUGCAUAUAUGACUGUAAUAACUUGGAUGCCAACAAAUAAACUUGGUCUGAAAUGUAAAUAAUGAUGGUCAAGCUUAAUUCAUACAGAUAUUCCGAUCCAACAGUGAUCUGAUCCUGCAGU